UUCUUGCCAAAUUUAUGUAAUGUGCCUUCGUGCCCCACAUUUCAGUAAGUGAGGGAUCUGCUAGCUACUAGUAACCAAGGUAACGAAACCAUCAGCGAAACGGGUUAUCCCAAUCCCCACCAGAGGUCACUUCAAUCAAGAAAUAUGUUGUCUCAAUACUUAAAGCAACCGGUCUAUUGGUACGAUUGGAUGAUGUCAAAAGGAGACCCACGGACCAGCGACUGGCCCCUCUUAGGAUCUCCUUUUCCUAUACUUUCUAUUAUUGCUUCCUACGUGUAUUUCGUGAAAGUUCUUGGACCCGUCUGGAUGAAAAACAAGAAACCUUAUUCAAUUGGAAGGGUGGUCAUUGUUUAUAAUAUAAUCCAAGUCAUCCUGAGUGCAUUUUUCUUCUUUUAUGGAGGGAGUAUGACUUACUUAUCGACCAAGUACAAUUGGUUAUGUCAGCCAAUCAGUUACGCCACAGAUCCAGAGACAAUGACGUUGGUGAACCUUGGCUGGUAUUACCUUUUGCUGAAGAUUUUUGAAUUUACAGACACAAUUUUCUUCAUUCUACGGAAAAAGUUUACCCAUAUCUCCGCUUUGCACGUGGUUCAUCAUUCUUCAGUUGCUUGGGGGAUCUGGAUCGGCAUGAAAUUUGGCGCAGGUGGCCAUAACGCCUUUUUCCCAUUUAUCAACUGCUUCGUCCACAUGAUAAUGUACGCCUAUUACUGCCUAGCUGCUCUCGGGCCUCACAUGAAGCCGUAUCUAUGGUGGAAAAAAUAUCUCACUAUAAUGCAGAUGGUCCAAUUUGUAGUAGCCUUCAUCCACGGCGUCCUCCCUCUUUACUUCGAUUGUGACUUUCCUCCUGGGUUUGUCUACAUCAUUAUUGGCCACGCCGCUUUGUUUCUGGUUAUGUUCUUUAACUUCUACAAAAAGGCCUAUCGCAAGGACGUCUCUGAGAAGACGAGAGCGGAAGAAGAGUCUAACUGUUAUGAUGGCCAGGGCAGAGUGGACGAAAAUUUGGUAAACUUCAAUGGUUUUCACGAAAAUGGCAACGUCCAUAAGAGACGAUGAAAUGAACAUCAAUAGUAGCUGGAAGAGGCGGCACCAGAAGUGACCCAGUUUCGAUUGCUAACGUGAAAUCCCUUUGUCACAAAAGAUUACUCCAUCCCAUAGCACUUGGGUACAUUAAUAAACUUAAACAGUCUUUGUGUUCAGAAUCCUGAAGAGGUGAAGAAUAAUUUCAUUUUUGAUGAGCACAUCAGAUGAUGGAUUCAGAGCAAAAUAAGACAGUCAGAGGAUGCAAAAAAUCAAAAUAAUAAAAAAGUGAAGUUGCCCCCACUCUUUACUCUUAGAAAAACGAUUCACUAGAUUUAUUUAAAAACGACCAGAAAAAUUAAAUAAUGGAGUUACUAGUGAGAAGCUAGGUGUGAAUUAAAGUAACAAAUACUUA